CCGCUGGGUCUCCAGCUGAGGGAUCGGCCUCCUGGCUUUCAGCUGGAGGAUCGGCCUCCUGGCUUUCAGCUGGGGGAUCGGCCUCCUGGCUUUCAGCUGGGGGAUCGGCCUCCUGGCUUUCAGCUGGGGGAUCGGCCUCCUGGCUUUCAGCUGGGGGAUCGGCCUCCUGGCUUUCAGCUGGGGGAUCGGCCUCCUGGCUUUCAGCUGGGGGAUCGGCCUCCUGGCUUUCAGCUUGAGGAUCGGCCUCCUGUUUUCCAGCUGGAGGAUCGGCCUCCUGGCUUUCAGCUGGGGGAUCGGCCUCCUGGCUUUCUGCUGGGGGAUCGGCCUCUUGGCUUUCAGCUGGGGGGUCUGCAGAAGCAUCCUCAGGCUCAAGCUUUCCCUGCUCUGAUCCCCCCCCGUUGUGCUCGGGAAGUUGAGUCUUGGGGCCGAUCAAUCCUGUAUCGGCAGUCACCCUGA